AUGUAUCGGCAGCACUCGGUCGUCGUGGGCUUUGGGGCCAGCGCGUCAGGGUAUUUUUAUUUCCCUGUGCAAUCAUUGUUCGCCCUGGGAGAAAGUACUUCCCAAGAGAUGAGCGCUGAUCUGAAGAGAAGCUCUCAUUUUGACCAACUUAUGAAGGCCAGGACGCGGAAUGUAACAGGAGAAGACUACUCAUUCAGUGAGGAGGGCUCGAAGGCCUACGCAGUCAACCCACAUAAUGGCGGAACAAUGAAGACUGUGACACCCUGUGCAUCAUGCCGUAUCAUUGGGGGCGAAAAUUUGCCGAGUAUGCACAAGGAGUGCCGUUGCAGUCAGAAAGAAGGACUGAUACAUUUGCAUCUGACUUAUGAAGCAAGUCAACGAGUACCGGAGUAUCAAAUGGCUUACAGUCUUCCAGAAAUAUAUAUUGAGGCUGUGAAGAUUGCGCCGAACUUGUGA